CGGCGUUCUACAAUCUCGCGAGAGAGCGCGGCGUCCCGCGACUUCCGGUGGAGCGGAAGAACGGCCUCUUUCCCGUGGCGGGUCCGAAGCGGGUAGUCUCGUCGGCGCCAUGAAGCUGAACAUCUCCUACCCAGCCACUGGCUGCCAGAAGCUCAUUGAAGUGGACGAUGAACGCAAGAUUCGCACCUUCUAUGAGAAGCGGAUGACCGCCGAGGUCUCUGCAGAUACUCUUGGUGAGGAAUGGAAGGGAUAUGUUGUUCGCAUUAGCGGUGGCAAUGACAAACAAGGCUUCCCCAUGAAGCAAGGUGUUCUGACUCACGGACGUGUCCGCCUGCUGCUCAGCAAGGGUCACUCAUGUUAUCGUCCCAGGAGAACCGGAGAACGGAAGCGCAAAUCUGUUCGGGGUUGCAUUGUUGAUGCCAACCUUAGCGUCUUGAAUUUGGUCAUUUUAAAGAAAGGUGAAAAGGAUAUUCCUGGACUAACUGACACCACUGUGCCUCGUCGACUUGGUCCCAAAAGGGCCAGCCGAAUCCGCAAGCUGUUCAAUCUCUCCAAAGAAGAUGAUGUUCGUCAAUAUGUUGUGAGAAAACCAUUGAACAAGGAAGGCAAGAAACCCAGGACCAAAGCACCCAAGAUCCAGCGUUUGGUAACUCCCAGAGUUCUGCAGCAUAAGCGCAGGCGUAUUGCCCUAAAGAAGCAGCGAACUCAGAAGAACAAGGAAGAGGCUGCUGAAUAUGCCAAGCUUCUGGCUAAGAGAAUGAAGGAAGCAAAAGAAAAGCGGCAGGAGCAGAUAGCGAAGAGACGUAGACUUUCUUCCCUGAGAGCCUCCACAUCAAAAUCUGAAUCAAGCCAAAAGUAAACAAAGAACUUGGGGCAUAAAACCAUUAAAUAAAUCUUUUAUGGUCAAAAA